AUGGGGCACCCAGAUAAUAUCUCAAGAGAAUUAGUUCCUUCAAUCGAUGUUUCACCGAAGGUUGAAGGGGUAGUCGUAAAGGUGGUCGAUGUCGGCAGUGACUUUAAUAACAAGCAAGAGUUUGAUGAUUGGGAAAGCAUGUUCACAUGGAUUCGUAGGAAUGCAACUAACAUUGGUUUCGGUGCAGUAAUAGGAAGAUUGGAUAAUGUGCUCCUUCUUAAUUCUGCCUACAAGAUCAACAAGUAUCAACUUUUGUUAUUUGAGAUGGUAUGUGUUACAUCCAUCGAGAAGACAUACGCCGUUGGUUUUGCUUUGUUGGAGUGUGAAAAAGAGGGUAAUUUUAGGACGAAACAACUAGAGACCGAAGGUGGAAAAUUGGUGAAGUCCGGUGUGAUUGUUGAACAAAUAAUGGAUGAAUGGACUCGUAUUGCAAAUUCUUCGACAAAAGAAUUAUACGCCGAUUCCGACUUUCAAUUUCGGAAAGUGUGUGAAAACAAGGGUGACUUGUGUCGAGAUUGGGACACCAUAAAUUUCAUGAUCAAAAACCAACAUAAUGAGAUACAAACCACAUUUGGUCGGAGCAUUACGGUGUUGGAACAUCGAUUUAGAGACAACAUUCUUUAUUCUCAAUUGAUCGGAAAUGUGUCUCGGGCCGGGUUAAACUAUAUUUUUCACGGGGCCAAACAAGGUGAAACUGUCGGUUCCAAUAGUGUAAAGUGUGGUUGCACUAUUACUAGAACACUUAGUUUUGAUGAUGAUGGUUGCGUCGAAGGAGAAAAAUCGAAUAUCUCUAUUACUUCCGAAUUGGAAGCGAUAAAAGAGAGGUUUUCGAAGGCUGAUGGCACCAUGAACAUCAAAGAACAAUUACGGAAGAUUGGAUAUCCUGAAACAACCGACAUGAAACCGCCGUCUCAACCGGUUAAGACAAAGGGUGCUCCGAAGAAAUUGAAUCCUACACCGAAUGAGAAAUCGACUAAACGGUCUCCUUCUUAUUGUGAGCAUGUCGAUAAAUUUUUUCCCGACUCAUUGACUCCUAAAUUUCAAAAAUCUCAAAAAAUUUCAAACAAAGGAGCUCGCAUUAGCAAACCACCUCUGACACCUAUUCCACUAAAAAUUUCAAUCAUCGAAGAGGUGCUUAUUCCACCGAAAAUUCCAUUUAUGGAAGAGAUGUCGGUUUUUAUGCAUUCUUACAUCAAGCGAAUUGUAGAUGUUGUGGGAGACGGUAAUUACGAUUAUCGAGCCGUCUCGGCGUUACUUGGUAAUGGAGAGGGUAAUAUACGGUUGUCUGUCAUCAACUCAUCCAAGAGUUGA